AUUGACUCAUUUACAAAAAAAAAUGAGUCAAGAAUAAAGCCGUGCGCGCAUGCGCUACUUGCACGCUAUGACGUCAACCAUCGCGCGAACAUUCCCGUUUGACGUCGCCAUUGCUGAAUUGGAUCAAGAGAAUACUGGCUACUGGAAGAAGUCACUACGCAACAGAUUCAGGAAUUGCAGGAAAUGUCAUGAACGUGAUAAUCCAUUAGGACAAAUGGAAGCAAAGAAAGGGGACUACACCCAAACCAGACAAAGCUGCAGGCAAACACAUGUAUGGCAUAAAGAAAGUACCUUCCUGCAUCCCCAGAAAGUGAGGAUGAAGAAACGAUCAAUGCUCACAUCAAGAUGCUUCAGAAUGAAUCCAGAAAAACAAGACAGGACAGCUUGAUGAUA